AUGACCGACCAAUACGGAGACACAUGGUCCACGACCUACGAUGCAUACAACGCACCAGACACAAGAUACGAUACAACCUCAUCCAUGUAUGAUACACUCGGAGACUAUGAGCCCUCGGGCUAUGAAAGCUAUGGUGCAACGGGCUAUGGAGCCGUGGGUUUCGGUGCAGAUCCGACUGGCUCGACAUACGACAACCACGACAUCGGCUACGGUGCCACAACAUAUGAUCCCAAUACCGGUGCAUAUGAUCAACAUCUAGAUUACCGUACUCCGGCGGGUCGGAGACAUCACCGAGAGCGCGUUGAUCAACAUGGCACCUUUCGACAUCGUGAUGUUGAUCGGUACGAGGAUGGAUCGGCUCGUGUCCACAAAGAAUACGAUAAUCCCAAUACUGGGACUAGUUACCACCGGGACUAUGAAAAAUGA